UAAAGGGUACUAAAUGGGGAGUAAGUAUACUGCGAAUAGUACUUGUCAAAUUCAGAAACAUUCCGCAUAUUUCGCUUAGACAUAAAAAUAUUUAACUGACAGAUCUAGUAAUACAAAUAAAAUAUAUUUAAGUAACUACUUAAGUACUGAUUGAACUGCUCUUUUACAUCUUAGUGAAUUUUUUGUUAAAGUCCAUCUUAAACCAAUCUUUAGUGAAAAAGUUCGUUGUCUUAAGAUGACUUAAAAAUCAAGUGAAAAUACACUAUUAUAAAAUAUGUUGUAGAUAUUUUCUCAAGGUGUACAAACGGGAUGCUGUCGCUGGUGGUUCACUUUUGUCGGCUGCUCCAGCUGCUCCAGUCGCGUUUCGCAUCUGAAAGCGCCCGCAAGUAGGUUACACAUUUUUUCCCAGCCGAGGAAAACAAACAAACAGUCCGCGCAAUACCGUCCAGUUUAUCCUAUCCAAUACGUCGCAAAACUACAGAAUUGCCCACCAUCCGUAGGAGUAGUGCCUCCGCUAGCUGCACCACCAUGGAGUACAAACUGAUCGGAAUGGAGCACUGUGACCAGGUGUUGGAGCACCUGCGUCGCUUCUUCUUUGCCGACGAGCCGCUGAACAAGGCCGCCGGAUUGUGCCAAAACGGGAGCAGUUGCACCGCUCUGGAGGACCACUGUGUGGAGGCCAUUAAGGAUCGGAUGAGCCUGAUGGCCGUGGACGUGAAGGUGGAUGGGUGCUGCAAAAUCGCCGGCGUAGUCCUUAAUGGCAUCUUGAGACCGGGAGACACGGCCAAAUCGCGACAAAAACUGGACGGCAGUAUCGACGCGGAUUUCCGGAAGAUCUUUGAGCUGCUGCACGGGCACAGCCUUAAACACAAUCUUUUCGAGCACUUCGAUGUGGUGAGAAUGUUUGAUGUACGCAUCCUGUCGGUGGAUUCCGGUUAUCGUGGCCAGGGAAUUGCCAAUGAGCUGGUCAAGCAAUCCCUGGCGGUGGCCAAAGAUAAUGGUUUCCGCGUGAUGAAAGCCGAUGCCACUGGCAUUUUCUCGCAGAAGAUUUUCCGCUCCCAUGGAUUUGAGGUCUUCUCGGAGGAACCCUACGACAAAUACACGGACAAGAAUGGCAAGGUGAUCCUACCCGUUGAGGCGCCGCACAUCAAGAUGCAGCAGCUCUACAAAAGGAUCUGCGGGGAAGACGAGGACGUCAAGAAGCAGCCCCAUUAAGGACACGACUGACGGGGUCUGAUUUGGAACAAUAAUCUUUUAUAUUUUCUACAUAUAAUCAUUUAUUCAUAAUCGCAUUGGAAUGUUUAAGUGGGUCGAUUUGACGGAAAUGCAAAAAUAUACGGAAUUUACUUAACAGAAUACGGAAAGUAAGUUAGGGCGAUUUCUAGGUAUUAUUUAAAGCUAAAACUAUAGUCUAAUAAUUAACAUUUCCUUGAAGUCAAAUAGAAAUCUACUAUUUAAUUCACAAAUGAAAGUGACACUCAAUAACAAAUUUAAAAAGGAGUAAAGCUUUCUUUCUAAAAAAGAAAAAGAAGAUUACACCAUCAAGAAAAUCCGAGUGCUGGAGAUCCUAUAAUGCCAUUUAAAAAUAAUGACACUAUAUUAAAAACAAGAAAGGAAAGCUAACUUCGGGCGGAGCCGAAGUUGAUAUACCCUUGCAGAAUACUCUGUAA